UGGCUACACUCGUGUAUUUCUCACGCGUCUAUUUCUUCAGUCAAGGUGACGAUGGAAUACAUAUAGUUAUGCUGGCGUCUUUGAAUACUUAUAGCCCAUCAUCGUUCCCAAUUAAUUGACUACAGUCUUAUCGUAUCUUGAUAACUACCUAAUAGACUGUAUAACAGCAAAGCAAAGCAAACAUGUCAGCACGACAACCAGGUCUCAACGACCAAAGUACAACGUCCCAGCCAUACUCCGUCAAGGGGAAGAGUGCAAUUGUGACGGGCGCAGGAUCUGGCAUAAACUUCUCUUUCGCGACCCUCCUCCUGUCAAAAGGCUGCAACGUCCUCAUAGCCGACCUAUCCCUCCGCCCAGAAGCCCAAGCCCUCCUCGACACAUACAGCAGCAAAAGGGAUACUUCUUCCAAUCAACAACCGCGCGCAGUCUAUGUCAAAACUGACGUGACGAACUGGCCGCAGCUAGAACGCAUGUUCCGCGUCGGCAUUGAAGAGUUCGGCGUAAUCGACAUCGUCUGCCCGGGAGCAGGCAUUUACGACCCGCACUGGAGUAACUUCUGGCACCCGCCCGGAGCGCUAGGAGGGAAGAGUCGCGACACCACAGACGGAGGGAGAUAUACCACGCUGGACAUUAAUAUCACGCAUCCGAUCCGCACAACGCAACUCGCGCUGUCGCACUUCCUCAACCCGCCGACCGUCUCACCACCCGGUAGCAGCAGCGCAGUGCAAAAAGCUAGUCCCCAGAACCCCAAGCGCGUCAUCCUGAUCAGCAGCAUCGCGGGCCAAAACGCCAAUCUCAACACGCCGCUCUACGUCGCUGCGAAGCACGCUAUGAACGGGUUUAUCCGCAGCCUGGGCAAACUGGAGGAGAAGAUCGGGGUAAGGGUCAAUGGCGUGGCGCCCGGUGUGAUCAAGACGCCGUUGUGGACGGAGCACCCGGAGAAGAUGACGUUUCUUGACGAGGGGAGGGAUCAGUGGGCUACGGCGGAGGAGGUGGCUGAUGCGAUGCUGAGGUGUCUUGAGGAGCCGGGGUUGGGUGGCGGGACGAUAUUGGAGGUUGGGGCGAGGCAGACGAGGUUGGUUGAGGCUUUGAAUGAUCCCGGGCCGAGUGGAGCGGGACACACGGUUAGUAAUCUGGAAGAGCAGUAUAGUGAGGUUUACGAGUGGUUGGGUCAAGAGGGGUGGGGUGUUGGGAAGGUGAAGUUGUAGGAGAAGAGGGAAACCCAGUGCUGAUUCGGAUUCUUAUGUGGAACACUGCGUUCGAACGCUCGCUGAACGUCCUGCUUCAGAAUGCGAGACGUCAUGCCGAAGCGCUACCUGCAAUCCAGUAGCCUGUGGCCCCUUACUCGUCGUGUAGCCCAAGAAUUGCAUCAUGUACUCGCUGUCCUGCUCCGGCGC